AUGUCCCGGGUAGCAGGACGAACAGACUGGGCCGAAGAGGAGGACGAGGACUCCCUCACGCUCCCGCAGCAGCAGAUUAUCAAGAACAAAGAUGGAACCGAAACCAUUAUUACCUACUCCAUCCGCGAGGACGGCAAGAAAGUCAAGACAACCCGCCGCAUCAAGAAGACCGUCAACAAGAUCGUCGUGAACCCGCGCGUCGCCGAGCGCAAGCACUGGGAGAAGUUUGGACAGGAGAAGGGCAAGCCUCUUGGGCCCCAAACGGAUACCGUCAGUGUUGCCGAGAACAUCGUCUUCCGACCCGUCGCAGGCUGGAAGGCCAACACCGAAGAGAAGAGCCAGGAGGACCAGAAGAAGGCAGAUGCGCUCAAAUCAGCAAAGAUCAAGUGUCGUAUUUGCCAGGGUGAUCAUUUCACUACCAAAUGUCCCUUCAAGGACACCAUGGGUGAGAGCGAGGUCACACCGGCAGACAUGCCCGACGAUGCUCCCCAGGCAGGCGCAGCUGGCACCGGGUCCGGCAGUUACGUUCCCCCUCACCUGCGAGGCCGCGGCGCUGGCGCCGGCGAGAAGAUGGGCGGCAAAUUCGAGCGCGACGACCUGGCCACACUCCGAGUCACGAACGUUUCCGAAUUCGCAGAAGAGCAGGACCUUCGCGAUAUGUUUUCAAGAUACGGCCAUGUCACCAGAGUGUUCCUCGCGAAGGACAGGGAAACGGGCAGAGCAAAGGGUUUCGCUUUCGUCAGCUACGCAGACCGGUCAGAUGCUGCAAAGGCUUGCGAGAAGAUGGAUGGAUUCGGUUACGGCCAUCUUAUCCUGCGCGUUGAGUUUGCCAAGAAACCCGGCAACUAG